CGUUUUCUCAGCCAGAUGAACCAAGUGACAAGAACCAGGGCGUGGAGCCAGCUCUAGUUAACUAGCUUCAAUUUCACUUUUGCUUCAAGUCCGAGCAGGAAAAACACCGCCGAAAAAUGAGGGUGCUGCGCAGCUUUGCCGUCUUCUCGCUCUUCACAUUACUGCUCAUGUCAGUGUUCAUGGACGAGGUGGAAGGCCGCCGGAAAAUUUUGCGAGGCAGGAAAACCAUCAACAGGACGUACUACAAAACGUCUGCAAUCCCAGCGUGGUCUAUAAUCGUGAUCGUGGCCGUGGUAAUCAUCAUAAUUGCUGCGGUGCUGUUCGUCGUGAUGAAUCGCUUGGUGCUCGGAAGCAUCAAAACAAACAGACGACCCUACCUUCAGUCUCUGCAGUGAGAAUAAUAGUCGUCAGAGCGGAGGCAGGAUUUUCUCUUGUACAUUGCACACACACUCGCCCACCAGUUUUCGCCGAAAGGAACACUCGUGCUGCGGACUAUCAAGCUCUUCUCCCCCGAUAACCACUUACCAAAGCACCUCCUAAUCAUCACUCACCCUGCGCAAGCGAUCCUCCGCCCUAAUCCCAUUUGCACUCUUUUUCUCGCAUCCACUGGAUUAAUUUGUCUCUUAUUAUGUUGUCACGACCGCAGUUUGCUUUGCGUCCUCGGUUCUGCCCUACAACGCAAAACCCAUUAGUCAUUACAUUUUGUCCUUCCCUUUGUACGGAUACAACCAUGCGUUUUAUCGGAUUUGUAGCUCAUAGAAUUAUGCCUAAUGGAAUACUAUUACUAGAUUGUAUUGUUUAUAAUUGAGCCUACACAACGUAUCUAGAUUAAUGUAUAAGUUUUUCUAAUAAAUCAGUUUAAACACAAAAUUUACUGUUCCCUGUAAACAAAACAUUCUUUUAAGGCUGGUCAACUUUAUUAAAAUUCUCUGCAACCUGCAA